CGCUAGCGCUGCCUCAAUGUCAAUGAGCUCCAGGCCAGGGUUAGGGCCAGGCCCAGGGACGCGCCGGCGCGGCACUUCGCUGCGCUUCGCUUCCUGAGCUUACGGGGAAUUCCCAAGCAAAGACUGGAGCGAAGCUUCCACUUCCAAGUUCUACAUGUAGGAAAAGCUUGUAUGCAUUAGUUGCAAAGUCCUCAAGAUAUUCAUCAUAUGACCGACCAUCAUUGUAACUUCAAGGAACCUUUGAUGUAGAUCAUCCUGCAGGAUGGAUGCCCUCCUUGAGGAACUCAGCUCUCUCUCCGAUGCCGAUCUGUGCCAAGAACUGAAAUCAGCCGGACUUCCCUUCGGAGGCAUCUCAAAGUCCACCCGGAAGUUCUUUGUGAAGAGACUUGCUACCCACAAGCUCAAAGAACAAGGCUCUGGAAAUGAUGAACCCCAAACAAGAUUAGACAAGGUCGAAGGACAGGAGAAACCAUGUGCCUUGGAAGAUAGCAAGAAGGAGGCCCAUGCAAAGACUGGACCAACAUCAGAGAAGAAAAAGAAUUGUGACCCAGUAACAAAUGGUGAUACAAGUAGCAAGGGAGCAGUUGGUGAUGAAGUUGUGGCUGGGAAUCAGUCUACAUCAUUUGUUAAAGGCGAAAUUAUCUACGUGGUUUGUAUUCCUGUACAAGAUGGGAAUGUUCAGAAUGGGGACUCAAGCGUUGGUUCAGUCACCACAAAGUUUUCCCAGAACAAGAAAGAGGUGCUGAAGCUAUUGAAAGAAAAUACUGAGGCAAGAUUCAAGCAAUUUAAGACUUUGGAUGAAGCCCAAACAUUUGCCAGAUCACAGGCCAAUCUCACUACUCCCAAGAAAGCAAAUAUUUCCAACAGCUCAGAGCAGCCAGCUUCAAGUGACCGACCUAACAGUUACCGUACCCCCAAGCCUCAACAGCUCAAUGCACUUAGGUUUGCGAUUGAGAAGAAGGACAAAGAGAAGUUCAGGUCCCUUGUCUGGGGAAACCCUAGACUUCUCGUGACAUCAGUAGACACCCCAACAACUCUUCAUGAGGGCUGUAAGUACAAUGCCUUACACGUAGCCGCCAUGAAGAACCUUCCAGAUAUGAUGGAACUGAUCUUGGAGACCAUCAGUGACCCUGAGAUCCCUAGGAUGCUGUAUCCUGGGGAAUCGGAGGAUGCCAGGACAGAUCGAUGGGGGUUCCUCACACACCUUUACCUUAACUCACUGGAAAAAGGGAACGGUGAAACCCCACUCCAUUUUGCCAGCAAGUUUGGUUUUGUUGACUGUGUCUCUCUCUUACUUGGCCAUCCAAAGUGUAACAAGCAGAUGGCCAAUAAGUAUGGACAAACCGCCAGUGAGAUUAUCUGCAACCGAUACAGGAACAGUGAUAAAGAAAAAGUGAAAGCAGCCAUUGCAGAGCUAUUGGACGAUCACUUCUACGUGCCUAUGUGGAGAACAGAAGACAAUUCAUCGCCAGCUGUGAUUGGUGAACCCUGGUCACCUGACGUUCCUAACAGCCAAUCGGCUCUCUUGUCUGAGCAGCCCAAGGGUAGUCCAAUAGACAGUAACAUAUCACUGCGAGCGCUGGCUGGACCCAUGUCACCGUCGGAGGCUGUGGACUUCCAGAAAGAAUGGAAAACACCACCAUCUUCCAGUAAAAAGAAAGCUGUUGCCGUCAGAAGAGGAGACAGUGAAAAAGGAUUGGAACGAUUAGGAAGGGAGCUUGCACAUACUAGGAAGGUACCCUGGAUGGAAUACUGGACUUUCCUUGAUGACUUUGUGGACUUCUCAAAGACCGAGGGUCUUGAAAUCCUUGAAGACUACCUUGCAAACAGAUACCGUGAACUGAAAGAGACGUCAUCUGUGAAGAAAAGCAGUAUCACCAAGGACCCUUCUGCUGUUAUGAAGAACUUGGUGACUGAGUUUGUCUCCAGUACCUCCAAUCAAGUAGGAACCAGCACUAGCACUCCCGAUAUGGAUGGUAUGGAUGCUGUAAAGAGCAAAACAGGGGAGGAAAGAAUCAGCAAUAUGGAACUGAAUAAAAGUGAGCAAGAUAACCAAUUUACUUGUGACCAAACAAAUAAUUCUACAAAUUCUGCUAGGGAAAGCAACGUGCAAAGCAUUGCCUGUGAACUUGAGGAAAUGUCAUUGAGCUCGAAAGAGAAAUCAGAUAGGAACUUUGGAGAGAAAAGAGCGGACGAUUGUGAGGGGGCUCUUAGAAAUUCUCCGAGGUUGAAUGCUGGCGGCGAUUCCUGUACUGUUUCUUUUGUACAAUCACCACAGGACCCUUCUUCAGAUACUGUACCGGCAAUGAGUGAACAGCCAUCAGAGACAGAACCCUCAUCUCAUGCUGCUUUAGGAAGGGUCAGUAGUGCUGGAGAGUUCAAAGAAACAUUAGACCGGACUACUCAUCCUGUAGUUAGUCCAAAUUGUAAACCUAUCAAGAACUCAACGGAAUCUAGAGCCAGUGGUGAACUUACAGAACACACUUCUCCUGUGAGCACAGUUUGUCCAAGUCCUUGCCCAGAAUCAAUUGGAAGUUCAUAUUUAAGGACUCCUGAAAGGACAUCAAUGGCAGGACAGAUGACCAAGCUCCUGUUUAGUCCUGUCCAGAUGAUAACAAAUAUGAUGUCACGACUUAGCCUAGGAUCUGUGAAAAGACAGAUAGUCAGUGAGGAGAGUGAUGUUGACACUGGUGUGUCUGAUGAAUCUGAAAACUUUGUGGACCAGGACAGAAAAGAGGGAAAGGGUCUGUCAAACAAUGCUGCCUGUGAUUCACAAAAUAUUCUUGAAACCCCUUUAAAUCAUGAACAGAAUCAAAUAGCCUCUCUCGGACCACAAAUUUAUGAUGGUGUUAAUGAGAACACAAAGAAGUCAGACAUUUUGCAUCCCAUUGCCUCAGUAGAGCACAGUUCAACACCUUGUACAACUACAAGCCUUGAAGGAAAUGGCAUGGCCACUCAUCAACAAGAAGUGUCUGAAUCUGAUCAUGACCCACAUCAUGAAGAGAAUGCCAGCCCAGACAGAACAGGGGAUGCGACUGCUAAUGGUGUUUCUUGCUUUCAAACACCAGAAAACCAGAAGAUUUUAUCAAGCUCCCCAUCACCAACGAGCGGUAGUCCAGAAUGUAGAGUUCUCUUCAUCAAUGGUGAUGUUCCAACUAAAAUAGACCAACACGUUCUUCGGGCCAUUGAGAAUGUAGACAUUGAUGACAGGUUUCCCUUUGUGAAAAGAUGGAGACAAGCAGUGGAGCAGGUACCCGAAGAAACAAGGCAAAGAUGGCGCACUCCCGCUCACAGUCGCUAUGGUUCUCCCUUCCGCAGUGGUACACCCCCACCUCACCACCGACACCACGCCCACAGCCCACUCACAGGUGGGAGGUCCCCUGUUCUACAAAGACUUCACUGUUGGUCGGAACCCAUCAGCAGGGGGGCGGGGUCAAGGACCAACCAGGCUGGGGACCACAGGGGGACGUUUGGGCGGGGCCUGAGUCCUACAAGUGCAGGUCUGGACAAAACUCCCAAACAGAAUCUGAUGGUGUCUGCCUACAUGCAGUGAUUAAACAUUUUUUUAUCAACAUGUAUUUUAAAAUGUAUCUGAGUUAAUCAGUUUGCAAGUGCCUUUAAGUUCAGAAGGUAGUGAAAAGUCAUAUACAAAAAAUUAUUUUUAAGUCUUGUUUGAUAAAUAUGAAUUCCUUUUUUAGUAAAUUCCUCAGUAAUUUCGCACAGCUCUUCUUUUUGGUGCUUCUAAAUUUAGAGUGGUAUAAAUCAAUAUCCGAAUGGUGUAUGAUAUGGGAGAAAUUGAGUUUCCACUAUUUCUAUAAGUUAGUUUAAAUUGUCAGAUCUGACAACUUGAUGAAAUGCUCCCCUGAUAUCAACAAAGGGAAUUAAACUGCAGGCUACACGCACAAUAUGUAGGCCUACACUGGCUAGAACAUUCAACUGUGACAGCCCUUUACACAGCAAAAUUUAUAAAGGUAAUUAAACCAAAGUGGAAGAAAUACCAUAGAGUGGGGUUUUAAACAAAGGUUUGGGGCUUAAGCUCUACAAAUGUUUCAAUAGAUCACCCUUUUUUCAUUUUGAAACAAUUUGGAAUUUGAUCCCCUUUUCAUAUUUUCAAAUCCACUCUUAUGCCAAGUUGGUUUUGAUAGAUACUGGAAAAUGAGAGAAACAAAUUAAAAAACAUUUUAUCAAAAAAAAAAUUCAAAACCUAUCUAAGAAUAGAAGAGUUACUAACUUUCGAAUUUUUGAUAUUUUUGAAAUAUUUUUGUCUCACUGUAACAGCAGAGUGAGACUAUAGAUGCAGCGGUUACAUUAUCUUAUGUUGGUAAUUCAUGGUGACUGAAAAAAUGUUUUCUUAUAUGCAGAACUCUGUGUGAAAGAAUUUGUUUGAUAUAUUGAAUAUGUAAAAUUAGUUUCAAGUUUCUGAGACAAUGACCUCCAUUGGAAUUCAUAUCAUUAUGACAUAAUUUGGGAGCUGCUCACAUGGAAGUUAAAAAAAGAAUUGAUAUUGAAAAAAAUCUUAAAUUUGUUAUUCUUAAAUGGAUUUCUGCAAACCUUCAUAUAUAUCUUUCUCUUAUUUCUCUGCUUUUUAUUAUUUAUUUGAUAUAACCAACUUGAUGUCAUAUUCAACGCCC